CCUUCCCGGGCUCCUCCUGGCAGCCGCCGCCCUCGCCUGCCCCGGGGUAUCCGCCCGCACCCUGCUCAGCUCCCUCCGCCUCAGGCCGGUUUCGCAAGAUGGCGGCGCUUCCGGGAGAGACCAUCACAAGCCAGGAGACAGGCGCACAAACAGAGGAAGGAAAGCGCGCGCACGCGCGAGAUCGGAAGAACCCCCCCCCCCCGUGCUCGAAUCCGAACGAACGCGCUCGUCGCCGUCGUCCCCUUCUCCGGCAGCAGUCGGACCAGCACGGCUCGCUUGCCAAAGACGAGCCCAUUAGCCCAGCCCAGAGGAGUCCGGCCACCCCCCGCUCUCUUGCGCGGAAUGAACUGCUCCAACGGCCCGCACCUGGCCUGAGCCAUGAGACCCCGGGCGCCCUGAGCGCGGCAAUGGUGGUGCUCCUCCCCACGCUGGGUCCCGUGGCGGCGCGACUGGUCUUCUACCCGACGCUCCUGUACACGCUGGUGCGGGAGCGGCUGCCCGGCUUGCAGCGGCCGUGGUUCAGUCGCAUUGACCAUGCUGUGAUCCUGGGGGCCUUGCCGCUGCGGGGACGGUGUCGCCAGCUGGUAGAGGACGAGAACGUGCGAGGGGUGCUCACCAUGAAUGAAGAGUAUGAGACUCGUUUCCUGUGCUGGUCCCUGCAGGAGUGGGAGGCGAUGGGUGUAGAACAGCUGCGCCUUAGCACUGUGGACCUGACCGGAGUCCCUUCACUGGAAAACCUGCACAAAGGUGUCAAGUUUGUUCUGAAGCAUCGUGACUGUGGAAACAGCGUUUAUGUACAUUGCAAAGCUGGCCGCUUCCGCAGUGCCACCAUGGUUGCUGCAUACUUAAUUCAGCUGCACCAGUGGACCCCUCAAGAGGCAAUCGAAGCUAUUGUUAAGAUCCGUCCUCAUAUCAUCAUCCGCCAAAAACAGGUACAGUUGCUUGAGGACUUUCACAGAAGUUUAAGUGUUGCAGUUCCUGUGGAGGCACAGCACAAUCUGCCAGCUAGACAGCAAAAGCCACAAGAGACUCAGCAAGAACAAAAGCCGCUGGAGGCCAAGCAGGAUGCCACACUGAAAACACCUGGCUCCUAAUGUGUGGUUGUGUUGGAACAGACACCUUGGUCAUCUUGGCCACCAAUAAAUAAGUUUUCCGCAACAUUUGAACAAAGAAGUUAUAAUCACUGUAAGUGAUAAGUGAGCAUAUUUUGCCUCUCCUGCUACCUGUAUCUAUUGUUGCUGUAUCUUGCUCACUUUGCAGCAGAUCUAUGAACUACUCUUCAGUGCUCACUUCUCAGACAAGCAGUGAUGAAGCCACAGUGUUGUCCUAGGAGAGGCCUUUAUUUAAACUUGAUCCAAAGGGCUCACAGCAUCAACAAGUAGUUUUGAUACUAUUUCCCCUUUUUUGUACGUCACAGUAAGAGAAUGAGUCCUCCAGUAUCAGCACAGAAGACCCUACUGUGGGGCCAAGUCAACUGCAAGUAGAUUUAAGUUCAGUACCUCUACCUAAGGAGUUGUCUCCUGCAGCUCUAAUGAGGGAGGGAACCUUCACACUCAUCUGAUAGUUGCAACUCUGAGGAAUAUGUAUAUCAGGGCUGCACAACUUCAGUCCUCCAGCCGUUGCAGGACUACAACAUGUAUCAUUCCCAGCCACAGAGGCCAGUUGUCAGGCAUGAUGAGAGUUGUAGUUUAAUAUCGGCAGAAAGGCUGAAGUUGUGCAGCCCUGGUUUAUAUCUUGAUGGAUAGCUGCAUUUACUCUCAACCUGCAACAUGAAAGCUCUAGGAGACUGUAGAAAGAAUUCAGCUACUUUGUAUAGGGUCUGCUGGUGGUAUCUGAUCUAGACCUAAAAAGCCUCUUAGCUGGAGAGCUUUGGGACACAAGAAGCUGACCAGCAGAUGACCACAGUGAUAGCAGUACUUCAGAUAAGGAUGGGGCCUGGGUGCCAUUAAUUGUUUAUUAAGCAGGUGUGCAGUUAGGAGGCUACUGCUGCUUGUAAGCAGGAGCUAGAAGGGGGAACUUCCAAGUGCUGUGAUCUGUCUUGAGGAAGCUGGAGCUUUGGGGUCUAGGUGAGUUGGAGUAAGGUAAUGGAAUGUCUCCAUUGUCUGGCGCUGAGCUUUUCUUCUAUCAGGCCAACACAAACUGCAGAUUUGUAAGCAGCACUUUAAGGCCACUGGUGACAGUUACUACAGAAGUGGCUGGAUUGAGUUUGAAGGUAUUGGCAUCUCCCUUUUUGUAGUGAUCCCGGAAGAUGUAGAUGUUACCAUUACAGCUGGCAAUUUUCCAGAAGGAUGGUACUGAACUCCAGGCAUCUGGCAGACAGAGCCGGGUGAAGCUAUCCAGCAGAGGGUUGUAGCACAGUAGCGAAUUGCCCUCAGCUACUAUGAACACCAGGUCCUUGUGCAAAGCUGCAUGCAUGCACCCUGCAAAGGGUAACACAUAGGGCUUCACAUGGCACUUCUCUGUGUUAGUGUCAUAGCACUGGAUCAGCCGAGAGGGCUUGGUAAAGAAGUCAGCGUCGUUCUCCUCUCCACCUAACAAAUAAAGGACUCCAUUGAAAUUUACCCCUGUAGCCCCGCACACUGCUACUUCUAGCUGACCAGUUUCUGUCCAUAUGUUGUCUCUUACUCUGUAGUACAGGACUGCAUUAGAGAGAAUGUCCUGCAGGGUCUUUCCUCCCAGUGAGUAGAUUGCAUCCUUGCUGGGCACGGAAACAAGAGUAUGCUGGAGCCUGUCACGAGGCAAGGCAGCACACCAUUCCCAGUCUAUCGUAGUGUUAUUGCAUUUCCACAUGCGCCGUGGAAUGGAUCCUCCAACAACAUACAGAUCACUGCCAUACUUGCAGGCUGCGGUGAUUUGGUGGCACAAGCUGUUCUGACCACUGACAGUGAUGGAGUCAUCCUCGGCACAGUGCAGAGAGACAGCAAGAGAAUGGGUACGUGAUGACUCCUUUCCAAUCAAGUAGAUAUGAACAUUCUCGCCAAUUUCCUAAGAGGGGGAAACAACACUCAUCAGCCUUGCACAGGUCCUUGUGCAGAAAUUCAGCAAAAAGGAGGUGUGCUGAUCACAAGCGCAAAAGAUGCUUAAAGUACUUUAGGUCUGAGACUUUACAGCUAGGUAAGCACAUGCUUCUAACCGUCCUUCACGCUGUAGCUUACCAUAAGAUAUUGGGACAUUUGCCCUUUACCUGCUGGGACUAAAACCUUCAGUGCCACCUUUAUUGCAGACCAAGCACUAAUAAGAUGAAAAACUUACCUAAACAGUUGGGGAACAUAGUGGAAAUAACAAGCUAGCAAGUUUAAAUUGGCUUUCUAAAUGAAGGUUUUUCACAUCAUGCUAAUUCUUUUGAUAAGGUGACUCCAACAUCAAAGGCAGCCACACUUUCAACUUUUUUUUGUAUGGGGCAAUAUAGAAAUGUACUAAAUAAAAUCAACAAACUGUGGUAACAAGUCUACAAUGAUCACAGUUGGGGAGAGGUGGGAAAGACAGUGAUGGAGUGGACUGUGCUUAAUUAUGUACCUUUAAACUUGAUUGCAGGAUCUCUGAAAAACCUGCACGUUCUUCUUUAUUGAAGUUGAUCCAGGUUUCAAUGGCAGCUUUUGGAUUCUGAGAACAUGGCACCCCAUCUGUAUAGUUGCAGAUAAAAAUGGUAAAAUAUCUCAUUUUCAUGGCAGAAGCAGAGCAAGCACUCUCUCCAAAUCUCCCCUCCCCCACCAAUGCAUACCAGGUUUACCUGGAGAAGCAUCAGGAUUGCAAGUUAUAAUUCCUAUUUUAUGGAUUAACCCAGAAGCUGCAAGGAUGUGACCUGCUGCAGACCACCCAAUGAGUUCAUGGCUUCUCUGGGAAAUAUGACCCAGAAUUAUUCACUAGACUAGCCCAUACUCUCUCCUUGGAGUUAGAAUUAAAGCAAAUAUCAGGUAGUAUUUAAUGUUACUUCAGUUAUUCUUCAGAGAGGGGCUUCUAGUUCAUUUUCUUGUCACAUGGGAAAUUGACAUGGACAAAUUUAUAGUACUGCUGCUGUAAAAGAUUUUAGUGUUUCUUGCAAUCCAUGAAAUUCACCUAUCAUUGGUCACCAAAAACACCCUCAGAUUUUUGGUUUUCCUUUUGGACAAUAAGAAUUCAAAUAAUAGAUUUUUAAAAGAGUUCAAUCAUGACAUGUUCCAAGCUGAUGCAGGGUUCAAGGGUAUUUGAAACAUUUUUAAAUGUUGGGUUUUUUCCUACAAUCAGGUGAGUCCUAUCAGUGCACAUUCAUUGCAUGAUAUAAUCAAACUGCUCAUCUUCUGGGCCCACAGGACUUCAAUACUUUGUUUCUGUGGAAGAUCCCAUUACUAGCAAUAAGAUCAGCGCUGCAGAAACCAGCAGAAUUUAAUAGGGAUUUCAGAUCAGAAAAUAGGUCAGUAGGUUGAACCACUGACACUAUCUUCAAUAGUGUUUAAGACUCAGUAUUUUAAUUCUUGCCAUAAAGCUUGCUUGUUUUGCAUUGGGUUUGCCCUAAUUUGGGGUGCUGAUACCAACUGUAGCUUAAGAGAAAUUCUGCAUGUAUUAUAUUACUAUCACCCCCCUCCCCAAUGUAUUGGUACAAUCCUUAGUACACUAUGUAGGAAAAAACAAAGAACAUAAAAAUAAAAUCACAAACUGAUCAUCA